GGCGUUGGCCACGUACAUAUGUUAACGUAUGUAUGUAUAUUAGUGUGGGGAGGGCUAGAUCAUGCUUGAUAUUCCAUAUGGUUUGACAUUUGUAGCGUUUAUUCUCUCCUAUAAAAUGUCACCCAAAGUUUUUUCCUAGUUGCCACCUUGAUUUAGUUCAAAGCAGUCGCAUUAUUGUGAGCAUCCCGUUUCUCGAAAUAUUCAUUACGAAAUAUUCAAAAUUGUGAUACACAAUGGGGAAUAUGUUCAGUGACACAAAUUUGCCAAUAAUUGUACACCCGUUUCCUGCGCCUGGUGAUGGAGGACAAAAUGGACAAUGGCAUUUUGUAUCAACUGGAACGAGUUCAUUCAAUGACGGAAAAACUCAGUAUUCUGGAACCCACGUUCACUCAAAUGUCAACGGUGAAGUCCAUCAGGAAACAACUGGAAAUUUGCCAGAGGGAUUUUUUCAAUCAGUAUCUCAAUACGCUCCAUCCCCCGUCGCCACAACCGCUGCCAUUUUGGUCGUGAGCAUGAUUGUGGUCGUCGCCAUGCUGAGCAUUUUUGUAAGUUUGUCCAGAAAAAAACAAAGGCGACAGCAGCACGAGUUAAGAAAUCGACGAAACUUGUCAACGGUCGCUGGUGCAGGGGCUAACCGAGAACUUUUCACUUUUGCUCCGGUCAAUCCGUACAAACGGUAUUUUGCGGAUGUCAUGUGGAAUUCUCAACUUCUGGUGGAUGAAGAACUUGUGGAAAUCAAAGUUGACGAGUGAAUAGCUGUCGCUGAAUUUAAAGAAAGGCGUCAAAUGUGUAUUGUUAAAAAUGUAAGCUCCACAUUGUGUUAUCUAUUACCCAAGUACUUUUUUAUAUUUGAUUUUUUACGCAAACUUUCUUCCUAGUUAUUUAGUAUUACAUGUCAUGAAAAUUAUGUAUACUCAAUUCAUUUACUCAAUAAAUUGGCUUUGUAAAUAAAUAAAUUUUGGU